GAGCAGACAAGCCAAGACUCACUCACAGAGAGGAAGACAGCUCUGAGACGCGACAGACUUUACGAGCAACUGUCAAAACCUUUGGAACUAUCCACCAGCGAGCGGGGAAAACAUCUCAUCAUGUGCAGAGCACUCGACUCACUGCCUAUCACCUGCUUGGAGAGGGCAAAGGAGCUGAAAGCUUUGUUUGGAAGCUUAUUACAAAAGUCGGAUCACAGCAUCACCAGCCAGUCGAAGAAAAAUGAGAAACAGAGCAGGUUAAAUGAAGACGAGCCUUCGAAAUGGAGGGAGUCCUUUGAGAAGCUGUUGUGCAGUCAAAAUGGACUGUGCCUGUUCAGAGCUUUCCUGGUCUCAGAGUUCAGCGAGGAGAACAUCGCUUUCUACUUGGCUUGCGACGACUACAAGACAACGAAACCUUCAAAACUGGCCACCAAAGCCAAGAAAAUUUACGACGAGUUCAUCGGCUGUGAUGCACCACGAGAGGUGAAUCUUGACCACCUGACCAAAGCCAUCACCAAGGAGAACAUGGAUCAUCCAAGGCAGUCCUGUUUUGAGCUGGCCCAAGAGAAAAUCUACACCCUGAUGGAGAAAGACUGCUACCCUCGCUUCCUCAAGUCCUCCAUAUACCUGGAGGCCAGCAGGAAGGCCAAGACCAGCUAAAAAGCUUCACCGACAACUGUCCUGCCAGCAGCAGAGACGGUGUGAUCGCUCCUAAAAAAAGAGACAUAAGCUUUACUGACGCACAGACUGACAUUGGAAAGGUUCGCACGGAACAAAUACCUCAGACCAAGAAGUUUUGGUGUCAGGCUGCGGGGUUAUUCUGGAGACCGGAGGUUGCGGACAGCUUUGGGGUCCCGGAUGGAUCCUGAAGGACACGUGAAGCUGUGACUGAGACAGACGGAGCUGCCGGCGAUGUCUGUCCCUGAAGAGACACCUGUACUGUACAUACAGGGCUGCACCAACAGCAGCCAUAGUGGCAUCAAUUAUAAAACAGAGAUAUGAAUGAGUUGCUUUCACACAACAAAACUACCACUGGGAGAGCCUCUGUAGCACUCGUGUUUAUUUAUUCAUUAUUUAUUUAAAGUUAUUUUAUUUGGAUCUUUUCGUAUGUGUUUAUUAUGCUGUGCAACCGGUUGGUGAACCUGAUGUGUACCUAAUGUUUCUUUUUAAUCUGAAGUACUGUAUGUAAAAAAAAAAAAAAAUCAUAAUAAUAAAUGAAACAUCACCAAUUGCCAGAGA